AUGAACAUGUCAGACUCAUCAAAUUCAACCUUAUCGCCCUCGAGAGAUACCUCAUUGAUCGGAUCUGGCCCCGGGCAAACUGAUUACCUCGAUCUCCCGGUCCGUGAACUAAACGAUGGCGCCGACCUCCGCGAGUACGUGACCGAGACACGCACAGGAGAGAUCAUCAAGCCAGUAAAGUCAAAUGCUACUGGGCGGCUCGAAGAUUGGAAAUUGGUCACCUUCACAAUCGAUGAUCCUGAGAACCCAAAAAAUUGGUCAAAAGCUUAUAAGUGGUAUUGCACUAUGGUCGUCGCCUUCACUUGCUUCGUGGUUGCGUUCUGCAGUAGUGUCAUCACUGCAGAUAUUGAAGGACCUAUGGAGGAUUUGGGCGUGAGUCGAGAAGUCAGCCUUCUGACUAUCACGGUUUUCGUGAUUGGGUUCGGUGUCGGACCUAUGGUUUUCGCUCCCGCAUCCGAAAUGGUCGGUCGAAAACCGGUAUAUGCAAUCACACUCUUUGUGGCAGUCAUAUUUAUCAUACCGUGUGCUGUUGCCAAGAAUAUCGGGACAUUGAUUGUUUGCCGACUCAUCGACGGUAUCGCAUUCAGUGCGCCCAUGACCUUGGUUGGAGGAACUUUGUCCGAUCUUUGGAAGAAUGAGGAGCGUGGUGUACCAAUGGCUGCUUUCAGUGCAGCCCCGUUCAUCGGUCCUGCAAUCGGUCCCUUGGCUGGAGGCUUUCUGGGAGACGCCUGCGGUUGGCGCUGGCUUUACUGGCUCCAGUUGAUUUUGGCAUUUGUUGUUUGGGUUAUGAUCACUUUCACUGUCCCCGAGACAUAUGCACCAAUCUUGCUGAAGAAAAGAGCGGCCAAAUUGCGAAAGUCCCAGAAUGACCCCAAGUAUACCACAGAGACCGAACUUGACCCUCGUCCAUUGGGUCAGAGACUUCGCAUCUUCAUGUUCCGACCCUUCCAGCUGCUCUUCCUGGAGCCUAUCGUCCUUUUCAUCUCCCUCUACAUGUCAGUCCUGUACGGCCUUUUGUAUAUGUUCUUCGUCGCCUAUCCCAUCGUCUACCAAGGGGGCAAAGGCUGGAGUGCCUCAAGCACUGGCUUGAUGUUUAUUCCACUUGCAAUCGGUGUCCUGUUGAGCGCUGCUUGCGCUCCCGCCGUCAACAAGAACUACUUGAAAAUUUCUGCGCAGUGUGGUGGCAAACCCCCCGCUGAAAAGCGACUGAUCCCCAUGAUGUGGUCUUGCUGGCUCAUUCCGGUCGGCUUGUUCAUCUUCGCCUGGACUUCCUAUCCUCGUAUCCACUGGUUUGGUCCCGCAAUUGGUGGAUUGCCUGUUGGCUUCGGCUUCAUCUUCUUAUAUAAUUCCGCCAAUAACUACCUUGUUGAUACUUAUCAGCACCAAGCGGCUUCGGCCUUGGCAGCCAAGACCUUCCUUCGCUCCAUGUGGGGUGCUUCAACCGUCUUGUUCACAGAGCAAAUGUACGCUCGACUUGGCUAUCAGUGGGCCAGUUCCCUCCUCGCAUUCCUCGCCUUAGCGUGCUGCGCUAUUCCCUACGUGUUCUACUUCAAGGGCGCUUCUAUUCGUCAAUUCUCCAAAUUUGCUUUCAGUGACGAUGAGGAGAAGCAAGGUGGGAAGGCUUAA